AUGCGCGCAUCGAGUUUUUCGAGCUCACUCGUGGAUUCCUUGCCAGUGCCGGGUUUCUGUGUUUGCGUGUUUGUCGCUGACCUCUCUCUCGCCCCCCCAGCCCUGCUGUCUCGAGAGUCUCUUUUUUUUGGUGCGCAGUUCCUCGCCUGGUUCGUGGCGGCGCGUCGAUCGCAGGGGCGACUCACGGCCUCGCUGAUGCACGUCGGCUCUCUCGCGUCUUCGGCGGCGCCGAACGCCUCCUGGAAGCCGCCCGCGCCGCUCUCGAUCUCCCUGCGCUUCCGCGUGGUUGACCCUGUGUCUCUUCUCUUCUUCCCUCGCGAGUCGGCGCCCGCGCCCGAGGGUGAAGAAGGCGUCCGCCUUUCCACCGACCAGCCGCUGCUGCUUCCGCCGCUCCACAGCUUCAUCGUUGAACCCUGGGGAGGCUCGGGCAGGUACACCCUCACGUCGUCGGAUCCCUCGCUGGUGACGGUUGCCCCGCUGUCGGCGUCUCCGGCGUCUCCGCCCUUUGCGUCUUCGAAUCUGCUGUCGCCGCUCGGCUGGGGCGUCAACACGCCGACCCCUGGCUCCGCGUCGCCCCCCGCGCACGCCGCGCGCCCGCGCUUUCGGCUCGAGACGACGGCUGCGGCGAGCGCGGAGCGCGUGCGCAAGAAGGGCGGGAGGCCCGCGACUGGGGCGGCCGUGCUUCGUCUGCAGGAUGCGCGUCAGCCGCAGAAUUCCUUCGAGUUCCUCGUGAUCGUCGCCGAGCCUGAGCGCGUGGAAAUCACCGUAGAUACCUACUUGAUCCAGCAGGGCGAGGCCUCCUACCGCGAAGACGGCAGACGCGAGGCACUCGACGCGGCGCAGGCGAACAUGCAGCAGCGAGCCGCGAAGGCCGACGGCCCCGUGGGAGGGCAGACGCCUCGCGAGGACGUUACACACGCGAUUGCUGUCGUCACCGCUUACGCACGCAUUCCGCCGACCCUGGCGCUGCCCGCGAACGUGUCCAACUGGCUUUCGCAGUCUUCGCUGUCGUCGUCCGCCGGUCCGCGGCUCACGUCACUGGACGCAGCGGCGCGCGCGGUGCGCCGCGCCGCGUCGAAGUGGAGUGAAGAAGUGUCUGAAGAAGACGCAACUGAGGAGGACGCAUGGGUCUCGCGGCACCCGCUGCAUCUGCGGCCUCUUCAGUUCGCCAGCUGCAACAACCUCGCGCUCCUGCGAGGCACGGCCGAGGCAACAGACGACAGCCCGCAGUUCUGGACCGACGCCCCCGGCGUGCUGGCGAUCAGCGAACUGCGGUCAGCCCUUCCCUACACGUGUGGCGUUUUCCGUCUGACGGGCACGGCUCCAGGCUCGGCGCGUUUCUUCUUCUCGGCGUCACCUCGCUCUGCGGCGGCGCCAGCAGCAGGAGCCUUGACAGCGUCUGUCGCGCUGGACGUUUUCCCGCCGCUCGAGGCGUGGGUGCUGCUGGACAGGCUGUUCUUGCCGGCGCCGCUUCCCUCGCGCAAGUCUCCGCAUCUGCUUGACUCGCUACUCGACUUUGCGGGCCCUUCCGAGGGCGGCGAGGCGGCCUCCACGUCGUGGACAGCGGGCGAGGCCGAGCCAGGAGACACUCGCGAGGGGGCGCUGCACCGCAUUGAGCGCCGGGGCCUCCCGAGAGGCGCGGUUGCGGCUGGGCUGCCCUCCCGUGCGUCGCCCCUCCUCUACAGCGCCCCAGUCUCCGCUGUGGCGUCGCGGUAUCGUGAGGCCUCUGCAAGUUCGGCGCCGGCCGCAGGCGGCGCGCGCGCCAGCGAAGAAAUCCUCACGCUCGCUGUCGGCUCCUCCCUCACCUUCUUCACCAAGGGGGGGCCGCCAGACCGCCCCUCGGCCUACGUGCAGCUGCACGGCGGCGAGCUGGAGCCCGACGCGCCCGAAGGCACCGCACGCGUCGGGCUCGUGAGCGGAGACUCCGAAGACUUCCUGCGAGUCGUCUGUCUGCAGCCGGGCACAGCCGCCGCGAAAGUGGCGCUGAAGACGACGACUCUCCCCAGGAAACACAUCGACGUGGACGCAGUGUCAACUUCAGUUCGCGUCUGGAUCAUGUGCUCGAUUCCGGAGCACAUUGAGAUCUUCCCUCUGCCGACGUUUUCUUCUCUCUUUGGCGUGGCUGCCUCUUCGUCGUCGCCACGUGCUCCAGCGGCCCUGUCCCCGUCGUCCUCCUUCCCGCUCACCCCCGCGACUGUCUCGUUCCCGCAGAUCUCUCCUCUCUCUCUCUCGAGCCCGUCUACGCCGUCUCUGUUUCUCCGCUGCGGCGCCACGCACCGGUUUUUCUUCGUUUCCUACGACGCGAACCUGCGCCCGAUGCUGAACGUCACCUCCUUCUUUUCCUCAUCGCCUGACACCUGGGAGCUGGCGGGGGUGCCUGCCCCCGCGGACCAGGCUAGGGGCGCGCAGACCGACCGGGACCGCGCUUCACUCGUCCCGUUCUUCGGCGCGGAUUCGGACUCCGGCGGCGCAGGUCGCAGGGCUGCAGGCGCCAAGGAGACGGCGAAGACCGAGGCGUUCGCUGCCGUCGACGGCGUGGGCGUGGCAGUCGACUCCGAGGCCUGCUGCGGGACCUUGUCGCUCUCUGUGCACCUAACAUGGCCCGCGGAGACGGCGGCUGCACUAAGAGAUGCUGCUCUCCAAGAAGACGCCCAGCGUCUGCUUCUCAGCUCGCUGGACGCGGCUCGGGAGUCACUUCGUCAAAGGGAGAACCGCGACGCUUCCGGGGCGCUCCGGUCGUCUGCGUGGCGAGGAGACAAGCUCGCGGAGACGCUCUUCCUGGUCGUGUUGCCGCCCUCGCGCUUCUUCGUGCCUCCCCCCUCGCCUGCCUUCGUUCCUGGAUUCUUCCCUCCUCUUGGUGACCCCGCAGUUUCGGCUCUCGCCCCGCAGCCGUCGCCGGACGCCGCCUUCCCUGUGCGCCUCUUCUACCAUCCGCAGCUGGUGUACCGCCUGCUGCUGCAGUUCACCUCUCCGCACAGUCAGGUGAAGGCGCGCGCGGCCUCCACCUCGUUUUCUUCCGGUCCGUCCUCUGUGUUUGGCCUCUUCGUCGAGACGCCGGGGCCGCGGCUGCUGGCUGACGGCGCGUCGCACUCUGCGUUCUUCUCCGCCCUGUCCCCCGACCAAACGCUGGCGCGGUUCGAGGCGCGCUUCCGCGCCGCUUACCGCGGCGACAGGGCGGCAGCUUCGUCUCCGGCGGAUGCGCGAGCUGAGUCGACGCGCGCGCCCUUCCCGCAGGAUGGCCUGGACGUUACGAGUCUCGUGCUGCGCUCCGCCGACGCCUCUCAGAAGCCGCACCCUCAGUCGCUCCCCGCCGCCCUCUUCCCGCUGCGACGCCCCUACGCCUGGCCUAGGGGCGCUGCCCUCUGUUCAGCGACGUGCCCGCUGACUGAGCAGGAGGUGUGGGUCGUCCCGCCGGUCACUGCGUCGUCUUCGGGCGCAGAAAGGCCCGAGACAGGCGAAGAGGACGAGAGCGCCCCUCCGCGACGCGGGCGCCCAGCGGCCUCCGGCCUGCUGACAGUCGAAGACGCCGGCAUGGUAGGCGACGACGCCGGGCUUGUCGUGCCUGGGGCGGAGGAGGAGGCGGCGGAGCGGAAGUCUGCGCCGACGAGAACUCUCGAGCUCCAGUUCCUCAGGGUCGAGCGUGUGUCGCUGUCGGUUCUGCCUCCGGAGUCGCUGCUGGCGGGGAGCCGCCGGCGAGAAGCGGAGAGCCGCGCGAGGCACGGCUGGAUUAGCGGCAACUGGGGGGAAAUCGAGAAGGGCAGGACGUAUGGUGUGAAGGUCGAUGUGAUUGCCUCGGACGGCGCGAAACUGGAUCCAGCGUUCUUCCGCGCGAUGGACCUGUCGCUGAAGAUCUCCAGAAACCCGAAACGGCGAGGAGGCGAUGCUCCCCUCUCUGGUGGGCGCCAGCAGCCAGUCGACGAGAGCGACGGCCGCGGCUUUGUUUACGUCCAGCGGACGCGCGACAGACAAGCCGCCGCGACGCAGGCGCGAGGCGCCUCGGCCGGCGGGGGUGGCGCGGGCGAGCAAGGGUACUCUUCCUCGCUUGAGACCCCGUCCGCCGCCGCCGAAACCUCCGCGACGUACGCAGAAGUGUCCUUCGGGCCUCGAUCUGGGGCGGCGUCGGCCGCGUUCCCCGCGGACCGCAGCGGCCUCGCGCCUGCAAAGCUGCUGUGGCACGCCGAGAUGGAGACGCUGUUGGCUUCCUCGGGGUUCUGCAGCGCCGCACCCGGCGCGGAGCCCGCCGCGGAAGGCGAGAGGCGCGUCGUGCCCUCCGCCGAGGGCGACGAGUGCCCAGACUUUCUCUUUUACGUGGACGGCUUUGACGCGGACACCGAGUUGCUGCUGACCGUGCAAGCGACAAACUGGUCGUUGGACGCGUCGGCGCAGCUGGUGGCGUCUGCGGUGAGCGCGGAGAUGGUCCUGGCGCUCUAUCCGCCGCUGAAGAUCUUCCCGUCGUCGCUCGUGAUGCUCCCGGGCGGGCACUCGCUGCAGCUGACGAUCCGCGGCGGCCCGCGCCACAGCGCCCGGCGCCGGGACGAAGACUUGGAGAGUGACGCUCAGGCGAGCCGGCGGCGCUUCACUGCGAUUCGACGGUGCGAGUCGUCAGACGCGAGCGUGGUGGCGGCGAGGGCGGUGGAGGUCCUCGGCGCGCCGGUCUUGGCCGCGUUUGACGCGCGCAAGCUGCUGCUCAAGGUGAUGACUGGCGACGAGGAGGACGACUCGCCUCCGGACCCGCGGGAGCCCGUCGCACAAGUUGUCGAGCUCGUCACAGGCGGUGAGGGCAGCGCCACGCUCACUGUGCGCGUGGGCGACUCCAGCCACGACUUCCCCGUCGCCGCCACCUCCGCUGCGUCUGCCUCGUCGCAGUUCCUCGGGCUGCGGCAAGCGGCGGCUACCGUGCAGGUCAUCGUGGCGCUCCCCGCGCGCGUGGUGGUCGGCUCUCGCUCGCGCGUCCCAGGCGGCAAUCGAUUCGUCGAGGCGCACCGCGAGAGGGUCGCUCGCUUUGAAGCCAACGGACCUGCGAGCGCCGCCGACCCUGACGGCGCGGCGGCGCACCGCGACGACGCGGACGACACCGUCCGUGUCGGCGUGCACCUGACCCAGAGACUCCACGCCUUCCUCUACGACGCAGAGGGACGCGAGUUCCUCUUCGGGCACCUUGCGGCGCCCACCGGCGCCGUCGGCGACCCCGGCCUGGACCAGGAGACCCGCGGGGGCCAGAGGCGUCUCCAGCAGCUAGGUGUUUCGGCUUCGCUGCCGCCUCCCUCGGCGUCGCUGUGCACCUACACGUGGCGCGCCGUGAAGGAAGACGGAGCCACGCCUGUCUUCGGCUUCGUCGAUGCUCGCGCGAUCGAUCUGGCGCGCGGGGCGUCCCGUGCCUCUUCGGAAAGCUGCUCCAACGCAUCGGCGAUGCCGUUCCUGCCUGCCGCGACGACCGUUCGGCGCACGCUGUCGGGCACUGGCGAAGCGGCGAGUGUCUCCAUUGUGGGCCUGCGGGAGGGGACUGCGCGGCUCCACCUGAGAGUCCAGUGUGCGCCUCGGGAAGGCGCCCAAACGCAGCGUUCCCGCCAGGUCGUUCUCGAGACAGAGGUCUCGGUCGUGGUGUCGUCCCUUCCGCUUUUCGCUUCGCCGACGCCGUCGUCCGCGCUCCUGCAGCCCGCGUCGCUGACUGCGCACGCCGGUGCGUCGUCGACGUCGCCUGCGUCUGGGCCGCUGUCGCCGUUGCCUUUGGCGACUCCGUCGGGACCGGCGUGGUGGGCGGAUCUUCUGGCGGCGUCGCCGUCUUCGCUUUCGUCUCUGCUGGUGGCUCCGGCGGCCGAGUAUCGGUUGCCCUGCUGCCGCGUGCGCCUCGUGCCCGCGCCCGCUGCGGACGCCAAGCCCAGCGCGUCCUGCCCUUGCUCCGACGGGCCCGCGGGCCCCGCGGUGGACGCAAAGGCUAGUCAGGCGGCAGCUGCUAGCCAGGAGGCCUCAGCGCCGGGGGCGCCGGGCUGUGCAUGCGCGCCCCAGGCCAAAGCGUGGGCCGCGGCCCUGCGCGUGCUUGCCGGCGACGGCGGAUUCGUCACAGGCGCCGCGGCGUCGUCUUCGGUUGUGCGGCUCGAGGCGCUUCCGGCCGCGUCUCUCGCGCUGUUUGGCGCCUCGCUCUCGCCAGGCGAGAGAGCCAAGAACAAUCAAACAGACGACGCGUCCCGCGCGCGGGCGCCCACCUGGACGGUCGUGCGCGUCGACGUUGCCCCUGUAGCCAACAUCGAGCUGAUUUUGAAAGAGAGAACUCUGCAGAGGGGCGAGAAAGUGACCGCCCAUGUCGUCUUGAAAGAUCGCGAGGGACGGCAAAUCGUGUCUCCGACGGACCUCAGGAUUGACGUCUUCUCUUCGCAUCCGUCCGUGGUAUCCGCUGAGGUGGACCUAGGCCGCGCCUUCGAGCCGCCCGCCGUCCUGAUUCAAGCCUCCAGUUUCCUCUCUGGGUGCGCGGCCGUCACCGUCUUCCUCCUUUCUCCUGCGACGUCCUCGCACUUCUUCGCCGACACAGUCCGACUGUGCACAGACUCUCGAGUGUAUCCGUCUGACCUGCCGGUGGCGGCGUUGGCGGAGACCGACGGACGCAGGGUUUCGGCUUCGCGGCGGCUUCUUGCACUGCCGGGAACGGCGGUUCACCUGCUUCCUGAGGCGAGGGUUCCUGUCGCCCAGAGCCCGCCGCAUCUUUCGUUCCGGCUGACUUUCCGCUUGGAGUCUCUUUUGUCCUCGCUGCUGUCCCUCGCCAUGCAAGAAAGGCGCGGUGACCGUUCGCUGCAUGAACAGCCUUCUCCGCUUUUCCCAGCGGCCUUGUGGAAGCGCGCAAGAGAGACAGCGUAUUCUCCUGCGUCUCCCGACUGCCUGUCGCUCCUCUCUGUUGCUCGGCUCGUCGACCUUUUCGCGCCGUCCCUAGGAGAGUCUCUGCAUCUCUCCCUCUCGUCUGUCUUUGCGUCCAUGCGGCGGAAAGCUUCUGCGCAGGCAGCUGUCUAUUCACCAGCUUUCUCUGUGGGCGACCCGCUUAUCCAUUUCUCAGAUGAUGCUGCGAGCACUUCCGCCUGGUUUCUUCACCUGAAGCGAGGGCUUUGCGCAAGGCAUGCGCCUGUGGGCCGUGCGGCGCGCGCGUCGUGUGCGACUGGGACGGCGCGGUGCGCAUCAGAGAGCUCGCCAUCGUUUCUGCCCGUGUCUGUCUCAUUCCGAGUCACGCUGCACGACUUGCCGGCUGUGUUAGCUUCUCUCGUCUUCAGCGAAGAGAGCGAGCGCGCGGCCAGCGAUGAGCAACACGAACUCCCCGAAGUCCGUCUGCGCGUCGACGGUGUGGACCUGCUUUUCUCCGCGCUCAGAAAGCGGCUAGCCGCCGCGUGGUGGAGCGAGCAAGCGGCGUAUCGACAGCAGACAGACUCAGCCGGAGGCGAGCGCGGCCCAGCAAAGUCCUCAGCGACGCUCGGCGGCUGCGCAAACGGCUCCUCCGCCGACCGCCGUUCGUUCUCGCCUCUGUCGCCCUUCUUCUCCAUGACAGGCUUCCUGGACUGGUCGUCGAGCUUCUCGCCGUCUCGUCGCUCUGCCUCGCCCGCGUUGUUUGCGGAGUAUCUGUCUUCGUCGCCAUUCUUUGAGUGCCCUCAACCCGCUCUCCUCUGGUGGCAGACCUCGCACCCGGAGUUGCUCAGCGUCGCCACGCCGGCGUCUGCGACCGCGACCCGGCUCGCGCCUGCGCAUGCGACCUCACCUAGGCUGUCUGCCGCCGGCGUGGACGGCCCGGUCGCCGUGGCGCAGCGUACAGGGCACGCGACGGUUUUCGCGAGCCACCAGAGCUCAGUGUUGGACGUCGAAAUUCUGAGCUGGCGGGAGGCGAGGGACGGAGAGGGAGAUGCCGACGCACGCGACCCGGAGCGCGUUCGAGUCGUGGCGGCUGCAGGAUGCGCGGCCCGGUUCGCACGAGGAGACGCGGAAAGCAGACGGGCCUCGCUGCUGGCUGUGCCGUCUACUGCCUGGGCUCCGCUGCGCGAAGGCGCGGUGACCUCUCUGCCGCGUCUCGAGCGACUGGGCGGCUGCGCAGAAGACAGAAGGAACACUGGGGCGGCAGCAUCCAGCGGCGGCGGGGAGGAGAGGAGCGCGAGGCCGUUCGCGCUCGGGCGUCUCGGCGGCUCAGGAGACUUGGGGGGAGACGCGGGCCGCUCGCCGGCAGGCGAGCUCCUGUUCUUCCGUCUGCAAGCCUCGCAGGCCGCGGGGGGAUCGUGGACAGAUGUGGCGUCAUCGGUGUAUGUGCACUCUGGCGGAGGCAUCCAGUGUGCCGUGAGCGAUCCUCGCCUCGCGCCGCUGUUCGUCACGGAGAGCACGCAGCUGCCGCUUCUGUCUCUGGACGUGGAGGCGGAAACGGGCGAGGAGUCCCCGACGGGCUCGCGGAUGUCGGGAAAGGCGAGACACGGCGAGACGGCGACUCUUUCGACGCUCCGCGAGGACGUUGACCAGCUCCUCGUGUCCCACGCGUGCGCCUUCCAGGAGCGUCGGCUCCUCUCUGUCGAAUCUGACCUCCCUACGCUUCUUCGUAUCUCCCAGACGUCUUCGUCUGUCGCCGGUGCCGCUGGCGACGGCCGCGCGCAGCGUGCGAACCCACCAGGGGCACUUCCGGCAGGCCGUCUCCCCUGUGGAGCAGCGAGCCUUUCUGCUGCGUCGUCCUUCCGAGACGACGGUCGUCGAGCCGCUGCCGCGUCGCCCGCGCCUCUCUUGGACAGCCUGUCUCUUCCUGUGUCCGUCAGUGUCAGCACCGGGCUGGCACCUAGUCUCCUUGCUCUCUCGCCAGCGUCCCUCGCGGCGUUCACAGAGCCCGACGGGGGACCCGAGGCAGGAAACGCGAGCGCUGAGAUUGCGUUGCAGCGGGCAAAGAGCCGAUUCCUUCUCAGAGAGACGCCUCCCGCGCAGCUCUGUGCAGCGAUCCCGUAUAAGCCGCAGAUGCGCGUUCUCUUCGACUCGCGCUACAUGCGCCUGGACGAGCCGCCGGUGCUCUACGUAGGGGAGACGCAGCGGAUGAGCGCAGGCUGCUCGGCUCCAGGGGAGACGAAGGAGACGAGCGAGCCCGCGAGUGGUGGCGGCGGCGACCGCGAUGACCUCUUUGAAGAGGCAGACGUGGCGGACUCUAGUAGCCAAUGCAGGCGGGCCGCAGAGGGCAGUGGCGAGGAGCAAGGAACAGCCGGGGCGGGCUUCGCCAGCGUACAGGAGUCGCGCGCCGGCGAAGGCGCGAUGCUGCCGCUCACAGUCUUCGUGUACCCUGUACCUCCUGUCGUGAGCCGCGAGGGCGGCGCGUCGGCAAGCGCCGCAGAGGUGUCUGUCGACGUCGGUGUCUCCUCUGACGCGUACGCAGUUCGGGCGCAGCAGAAGGGCUUGUUGCUGGCCGUUCGUGUGGAGGCGGCCCUGUCUCGCGCGGCUGCGUCCCCUGGCGACAGGCGAGGCGGGGCAGAUAGCGACCGAGAAGAGAACGCGUCCAGGGCUGGGCGCGGGUACGCGUGGGAAGCUCCAGAGUCUGCCCAACUGACUAUCGAAUCUCGCGAGUGGAAGCAGCGGCUCACGCUGACGCUACAGCGAGGGCGCAAAGUUGACAGGCAGAGAGAGAGAGCAGAGGAGAAGAGAGAGGAGCAGCGGCUUCUCUUCCCGCCUCUCUUGUUCUCGUCGUCGUCUUCCAAGCUUCCGGCUGCGCGGAGAGAGAGCGAGGCCAGCGGCGGAGGCCCCCACGCGCGACCAGCACCGGAGGAGAGCGAUGCCAAGGGAGAGACAAGCGAGCAGAGAGAGCGCAGCGACGCAUCUGGUUCGCUGUGGGAGUGGACCAUCCUCCUCGUGCUGCUGAUCGCGGGGUUGGUCUGCGUCCUGCCUCACGUUUGCGGGUUCUGCCAGCGCCGCUCGCCUCAGUUUUCGCCUUGCCAUCCGUGCGGAGGACCCUCACCUGGUACUUCCGCCGCCAUCGAUUCUUCGCCUCUCUUUGCUUCAACGAAGGCGACGGCGCAAGGGCCGGCCCUCAUCCUGAAGGAGAAAGCAAGGCUGGAGACAGCCCGGAUGGCUGACGCAGAGGCGCUCAGCUGCUUGUUUUCUGCCUCGCGUUUUGGGGGCAGGGGCGCUGACCUGAACUGCAGUGUGGGGCGGACGCCACAGCAGACGCUUCAGAUGCAGCCUGAUGGUCAGUGGAAGUGGGUGGCCGCGGACCAGGGCGAAGGAAGUUCUCAAGAGACGCUCUGGAGACAGGAGGGGAGUGUAGCGAGAAAGCACUACAGUUGA